GACCUAAACAGCAGGGGGCGAUAAGGAGCUCUGUUUCCCUUUGCUGAGAAAGUAAAACAGAGAGAAAAGAAGACAUGGCGUCUGGUGGUCACGAUUCUUAACAAUUUUUCGGUCGACACCUGACAAAUUUAGAUUGUUCUAUUGAUGCGGCAAUGUUUAUCAGGUAAUGUAACAUAUCACAAUGUCAGGGUAGAAGUGCAUGGUCUGCAGUCUUAGCUUUUGGCCAAUAAAUUACCAUUUUAGGAGGCAAGUGUCGAUCAUCAUUUAACUUAGCAGUUGUCAGCAGUGUCAGUCAGUCUGAGCGCUUUCCAGAAAUCUUCGGCAAUAACAAACUAGCUUGUUAGUGUUUUAAUCACAUAUGUAGUGUUCUAAUUUCAGUUUCAAUGUACUAUUUCAAUCGAAAGAAUCAGUUUGCGUCCUCAAAAUUAUUGCUUUGGUUGAAAAUGGUGUAAUUGUCAUAAGGGUGAAAUGUAAUUACUACAAUAUUAUCUUGUGUGAACUGGAAUGGAAUUAUCUGAUCUUGAAAUUGUACUAGACACUUGUGAUGCUGCUAUGAAUUCCCUCACUAACCUUCUCUUUUUUUUAAUGUUGUAUUAUUGUAUUUGUUAUGGAGAGGUCAGUAUAUGAGAGGAGACUGUUGCCCCAGUGGACUGAAAAUCGUCUUGACAGGCAAACUGGGGAAAAAUAGAGUGUAGCCAGCAGAUUCGACCGGCUUGCUUAAAGCUGCUCUAGGGUUGGACAGCAUUCCUGUGUCGAUUUUAAAGCCUCUGCAUGCUCAGUCAUACACAGCAUUUACUCCGAUGCGGCUCUGCAGAAGUCAAGGCAUUCAUACUUCUUGCAAUUCGCAUAGCUGUUGUCAAGGGAGGGAGUUUGUGUUUAUACAGGACAUAACGCAACCAGUCAUGUCAAUGCAGAGCUAUACGGAGUUGUUAUUCACGUUAUUACAACAUUUUGGAGUCGAAUGGCAUUGCCGUGUGGAGCUUGAUUUGUCUUCUGCUGACCUGGGGGGAUGAGAAAUGCGUUGUACUCCGAAUUUUCCCAUUAUCCCAACUGUUAAACUGAGAAGAUUGAACUACUGCUAGUUUUUCUGAAAAGUGUCAUUUUUGUCCUCAUGCUAGAUAGCAGAAGACAUAGCAGCCAUUUUGUUGUUCAAUGCGCCAUGCCAUUCCAUAAUGGUUGCUGUGACUACCUAUAACUAGCAUGAUGUCAGUGUAACAGUUGGGAUAAUGGGAGAAUUCAUAGUACAGCACAUUUCUCAUCCCUGGAUUACAUAUCCCUGGUAUGUUUUCUGAGCCAAAUCUCGCGCCAGGUCCACGGUUUCUUAAUCUACACAGGAAUGCUGUCUGACCCUAGUGCAGCUGUAAGCAAGUGGGUCAGAUCUGCUGGGUAAAGAGACUGUAGGCUACGGUCUAUCUGCCUCUUCCUCCCCUACAGGCUUGACUAAAGUGAAAUGAUGGCCGAAAUCAUUGCUGUGAACAUCUCGGCCACAUCCGCCACCUUCUUCCUGCCCCCAUCUCCUGUCCUUGAGGACUCUGGCUUUCCCCUGGCCUCGCUGGACAGUGAGGACUAUGUGUUUGUGGAGGCCAGGCACCCCAACAAGGUCCUGGAGGGCCUGAACAGCCUGCGUCUCAACAAUGCCUUCUGUGAUGUGACACUGUGCUGUGGGGGUCAGGAGUUCCCCUGUCACCGUAUCGUACUGGCUUCCUUUAGCUCCUACUUCCAGGCCAUGUUCUCCACAGACCUGAUGGAGUCCAGACAGGAGCGGGUGGCCAUCAACGGAGUGGAGUCCCAGAUGAUUGGCAUGCUGGUCAGCUACGCCUACACGGCUGAGGUGGUCAUCUCCAAGGCCAACGUGCAGGCCCUGCUGGCUGCGGCCAACCUCUUGGAUGUGAUGGCAGUGCGCGAAGCCUGCUGCCGCUUCAUGGAGCGCCAGAUGGAUGAGAUGAACUGUGUGGGCAUCCACUGCUUUGCUGAGGCCCACUCCUGUAGGGAGCUGGAGAAACACAGCAUGGACUACAUCCUCCAGCACUUCGGCAGUGUCUGCCAACAGGAGGAGUUCCUCUCUCUGUGUGCAGACAAGCUGACGGAGAUCAUCGCCAGCGACCACCUGAACGUAGCCAAGGAGGAGACUGUGUUCGAGGCCACCAUGCUGUGGCUGGACAAGAGCGCCACCCGCAGGCAGAGCUUUGAAAAGGUCUUGGAGCACAUCCGCCUGCCCCUGAUCAGCCCGUACUACAUCCACGAUGUGAUUGAGUCUCUGGAGGUGGUCCGGGAGUCCCAGCGCUGUCAGAGGCUCAUCUCUGAGGCCAAGGACUACCUGCUGCUACAGGACCGACGAGGAGAGCUCUACUGCUCCCGAGCACGCCCACGUAGGUCCACAGGGACAGCUGAGGUGAUUGUGACGGUGGGAGGAGAGGACGAUAAGGUGGUGCUGCGUAGCGUGGAGAGUUUUGACCCCCUUACCAGCCAGUGGAAGAGUCUGGCCUGCCUGCCCUUCGCUGUCAGUAAACACGGCCUGGUGGUUUCAGGCUCCACUCUGUACCUGGCUGGAGGGGAGUUCCCUGAUGGCUCAGCCAGCAGAGAGAUGUGGCGCUAUGACCCCUGCUUCGACUCCUGGCUGGAGAUGGCCCCCAUGAACGUAGCUCGCUCAGAGCUAGGUUUGGUGAUGCUGGAUGGCUAUGUGUUUGCAGUGGGGGGCUGGGAGGGCCGUUCCCGCCUGGACUCUGUAGAGUGCUACAACCCCCACACCAACACCUGGCAGUUCAUGGAGUCGGUCAAGAUGGCCGUCACCAGCCCUGCUGUGGUGGCACUGGAUGGACUGCUCUAUGUCACAGGUGGUGCUGUUCUAGAGGAUGGUGACGGCACAGACCUGGCCCAGGUGUACAACCCUAAAACGUCUGUAUGGACUGAGGUGGCCCCCAUGCAGAUCGCUCGCUCCGGCUCUGCUGCCUGCACCCUGAAGGGGAAAAUCUACGUCAUAGGUGGCUGGCAUGCGUCCACAGAGAACACAGACAAGGUGGAGUGUUACGACCCCAAGAGUAACCAGUGGACCAUGUGUGCCCAUAUGAGGGAGAGGCGCUACCGGCCCGGUGUGGCCGUGGUGGACGGCAAGAUCUACGUGCUGGGUGGAGAGGAGGGCUGGGACAGGUACCACGACACCAUCGAGCGGUACUGUGAGGAGACAGACAGCUGGGAGAUCGUGGGGGAGAUGCUCACCAGCCGGAGCUGGCUGAGCUGUGUCUCUCUGCAGCUGAGGAAGGAUGCCCAUGGGGGCAGCCGCCCCGGCACUGCCUCGGAGACCGAGUUCUCUGUGGACUGAGGGAGAACUCCAGACGGAGGUCCUUGUACCAUUCAUUUAUAUUGCUCCAGACUGCCACCUUUUGGAGAGCUCUGAGUAUGCAUCUCUGCCAAACAGUCAACCUGACCCUGGCUGUUCAGGUGCUGAACAGAAGUCACUCGGUGCCAGAGAGAAUGCCAGAGGGCAGCUAACUACCUUAGUAGGGCUGGUAUUCUGUCUCAUCGUGAGUCUUGACCUUGCCAAGUGACUGCGCCUCAAGGCUUAACUCAUGGAGAAGGACAGUUGUGUGACUGCCUCAAUGGCAAGCCUGACAAAAGUGGUCUUUAUUUCACCAUGAAAGCCUGUUCUCUUACUCAAUGGCAUGGUUCCAUUCUGUUGCCAUGUCACUAUGUCCAUGGUAACGGUAUCAUUUAGGAUGGAUGACCCUCGUCACACACUUAUGGAACCCUCUCUUUUAAUGUUACGUGAACGUUUGGGGUCAGGGUGUUUCAUUAAACUGUCACCAAGAUGUUCUCUCCACAACCAUCGCAGUCUAUUUUUGCGUUAUUUGUAUGUGACGUUUAGUAUUUAUUUGAUGUCUUUAGUUGAGGCCCAUUUUAUUACAAUUGGAAGAUAAUUAUUUUUCCCGUUUAUAAAAGAUGCUCUUUAUUGGCCAAAGAAUCUAUUGUGAACCAGUAUUUAAGGCUAAUUAGUCAACAAAAGCCAAACCUGUUAAGUGUUUUGUCAUGCAAAUUUGGAAGGUAUGUUCACAAUUGCCUUUUGACUGCCUGUUAUAUGGUUUAGUUUAUAUGUCUAAUCGGUAUGCUUAGUAAAUGUUGCUUUUGAGUAGUCAUUUUAAUUCUGUAAAAGUGGAAAUGUGAAUGUAAUAAAAGCAUAUGGAUGCCAA